UGUGGGAUCUCAUUUUCAAAACAAAAAGUCAAAUCACAAAGUUUAGUAACGGGAAUUUCGUUAUUUUUUUUUGAAAAAUUAAAGUUUAAUGUUUGAACAAUUCUAAAAAUUCAAUAGGAAUGUUAUAAGAAAUUAAGGAUCAUCAAGCUAUAAAGAUCUAGAGAAGGGGGUUAUGUUAGAGGGGGAUUAAUUUACCAAUGGGGAAACGCCGACAAAAACCGUUACUCGCGGAUCAAGGGAUUCUCCACUUGAAAAGUUGUUUUGUCCACCCCUCCGAAGAAUCUGGACUUCUGACGACCGUCGGAGGUCAAGAACAACCCCUUGUCCUCGCGUCGGGAAGUUAUGGGUAUGGAAUCCCCCAUUCUGUGGCGCAAAAGGCGGUGGACAAUGCGCAAAGUAAAGCGGAAGAGGUCGAAGCUGACCCAGACGUUCUUAUGGUUCGAGAAAUUAACGGAGGCGUAUAUUCAGCCUCCGAACUCAGCAAAGACCGCAGUGGGACCGACGCCCCAUUAAACGAUGAAGAAAUUGAAGAAAUGACCGUCGGCGAAUUGGUGCGAUCCAUCGGAGGCGCUAAAGACGCCCCAUUCCGAAGAUGUGACGUUGUCGAAGACCGCAGCGAAGUGGAGCAGAAGAAGGCCGAACAAGAUUCCUCAGAACCGGUCGUCAUCGAAGAGGAUCCUCAAGCCGACGAGUUUUACGCCAGCUUGGGAAUUCCUAAUCCAAACGAACAACCUGAUAAGCCUAAAGAACAAGAUAAAGCAGAUGAGCAGAAAACUGACGAGAAUGACGACAACCAGCAACCCCCAGUCGCUCCCACCCCCACCAAUCUCACCAGCGGGGUUCGCGACUUUUAUAAAACAUUCACGCAAUACUAUUACAGCAAGGAUAGCAAUCCGUAUAACGAUCAAAGGCUCGAAUUCGGCUUGCCCAUAGCGCUAGAUGAAAAUUCCAACUCUAAUUCCGACCCUGGCGAACAAACCAUCAUUCAAUUGGCACGGAUGGCGCAAAUUCGUGCCCGACAAGCGCAAGCCGCCGCGGACGCGUUGGACAAGGCGAAAAAGGCGAAAGCCAUCAGCACCGUGGUUGUCGGGCCGGGAGAAGUGGUGGAGAAUGAGGCCGAAAUUUAUGACCCGCUCCCCAUGGAAGUUGUCCCCUCCAGGGUGGCGGAAGACUUAGGGAUAACGGGGGAUACAACGUUGGAACAGUAUUGGGAAUUUGUGAAGGAUGAUCCGCAUGAUUUUAAUCGAUGGAUUUAUUUGAUUCAUUAUGCAGAGAGUAAAAAUAACAUUGCAACCUGCCGGAAAGUUUAUAGCGCGUUCCUUCCCCUGUUUUCGUACUGUUUUGGGUACUGGAAAAGAUAUUCGGAUAUGGAGAAACGAUUCAAUUAUUAUGGAAGAGCUCUAACGAUCCUAGAACGAGGGCUGGAAUUUAUCCCACUUUCCGUCGAUUUGUGGAUCUCAUACAUCAAACUCUUUGGAGAAGUCAACAUUCAUGAUGCACACUUUAAAGAUUUACUUCGAGACGAAUACGAACGUGCCCUCAAUACUUGUGGGAUGGAGUUUCGAAGCGACGCUUUAUGGGAAGAUUACCUCAAUUUUGAAACGGAAAACAAAAAGUUGCGACUGGUUUUUAACUUGUAUGGAAGACUUCUUCAAGUCCCGACCCGACUUUUCAAUCGACAUUGGGACAACUUCCAAGUUUUAGUGCGUGACCAUCAUCCUCGCGAUUUUCUUAUGAAAGAUCAAUUCGAACAUCUUCGCAAAAAAGGAUGCAAGUUACUCGAGUAUAAGUACAAAGAGGAACCAGAAUAUGAACCUGGUGAAAUUAGAAAACCGUCCAAACCAGAGGACCGACUUAUGGAUUAUGUCAAGACUAAAAUUUUAGACAAAAUGACUAAAGUCCACGCCAAAUGUGAAGAGGAAGCCGAUAAGCGAUGGGUUUUUGAAGACAGGAUUCGACGCCCUUACUUCCACACUAAACCCUUGGACAAAUACCAACUCCGCAACUGGGAAGAAUAUCUCAACUUUGAAAUCCACGAAGCAAAUCACGACAGGAUAGUGUUACUAUUUGAACGCUGUGUCAUAUCGUGCGCUCUGUAUGAAAACUUUUGGUGUAAAUAUGCCCACUAUUUGGAGCACUAUCACAAAAAGCGGCCCAACAGCAAUGCUGACUUAUCCAUUCAUUUUCUCCGAAACCAGGAAAACCUAGAAAUCGGGUCCAAACAAGAAACCGAAGAAGAAGAACACCGAAUUGACGACGUUCGCGGCACGAUUAGUGAAAUAAUUUCCAAAAUCGAGCAACAAGAAGAGGCAGAAAAGUUAGAAAUUUACUCGACAGUGAAACACCUCGUGAACUCGGUAGCUUUAGAGGAACUUAAACAAGACCACUCCGUUUUUAAAGUGUUGACUCCUGUGAUAACGCAAGUGGUUGGUGCAAAUACGGACGAUUUGUCGAAAAUAUCCGACCGAUUCUUCGACCUGGCGCAGUGCUAUGGGGAAAAGGUUACCAGCGUGGGCUACAUUGCGGCCACGGAAGAACUUCGAACUGAACUUGUGUCUCCAAAGUUGAUUGGCGUUACGGGCACGUUCGUGUCAAUGAUAGCGCCAGUCAAAUCUGGAGAACAAGAUCUCGAUCUUAACAACGAUACUUCAACUCCAGGUUUUACAACGCUUCUCAGUGUUCCAGAGUUUCCUCCAGCGAAAUAUGUUUGGCAAGAAGCUGUGCGUGAUGUUUACAAACGUGCCUGUAUUGUCCACUGCCCUAAAAAACCUGCAAUUCGUUUGCAGUGGGCAGCUUUUGAGGAAGAAUUGGGCAAUGUUAGGCAAGCUUUGGAACUGCUAAAUCAUGUAGAGGAAUGGUUUCCUAAUCAUUUGGAAGCAAAAUUGUUCACUCUGGAAGUUGAACGACGUUCCAAGAAGCAUCCCGAGGUUUGCAAACGGUACGAAAAAUAUCUCUCCGCUGCGGCGAAAAGCAAGCACGAGUUUUCCAUGUUCAGCAUGAAGUAUGCCAGAUUUCUUCACAAGGAAAUGAAAUUGCCAGACAAAGCGCUUAGAAUUUUGAGAAAUGCGAUAAAAAAAGAUCGCGGAAAUCCUCGCAUAUAUUCGUACGUAUAUGAAAUCUGCUAUGAAAAGUACCCCGACGACAAGAAGGCCGCCCUCGCCGCGCUGGAACUUGCCAUCGCGUGCAAAGAGUUUUCGGACGACCAGAAGCUCAUUUUCUUGAAGAAAAAGUUGUUAUUUUUGCAAGAACAUGGAGAAAUACGAAGAUAUUUGGACACUCUCCAACAAGUAAUUCAACUCCAAGAAGUCGUCAGAAAACGAGAGACUGAAGAAAUGCGGAGGAAAGAGGAGGAAAUGAGGUUACGAAUUGGAUCCGUAAAUCCGCACAUGUCCCGAUUCCCUGUCCCAGAAUGGGUCCCCGCUAACGAGACUCAAACCCCCAUCCCGAUCGAAUUCGAACCCGUCGUGGACACCAUAGUUGAUCAACCUCCUCUUCCAGUUGAGGAGAUGAAUUCUGAAGAUCCAGGAACCUUUAAAAAAGUUGCGCCUCCGGAAGAACUCAAUCUUAGCAGCUACGGAUAUUCCUCGAAGCACCCCGACUACAAAUUGGCGGAGUACAUGGCGCAAAAGGAGUACGAACAGUUGGAGUCGAAAGGUUACCCGGAGGAAAUUAAGGAUAAGGAUGAUGGAAAGUCGAGGAAGAGGAAAGCAGAAUCGGAAGAGAUUGGUCCACUUUAUAUCGUACAACCCAAAAGCGCUACGAUGUAUACGAGCGUGCCAGUUGCAAGCGCCACUAGUAUUCCGGGGGUUAAGGGGCCUGAAAUAAUUGAGCUUGAGGCACCUCAACGCCUAUCCGCCGUCACAGUUCCGAGCACGUCUCCCUGCAUCAACGUCCCCGACUGGUUUAUCAAAGAGGGCGGAGAAUUGUGCCUUAGUGAAACGAAAGCUGGUUUUUCUGUGCUUCGCUAUUGGCCACAUUUCCUCAAAGAUUUGGGACAACAGAAAAUGUUCAAGUCUGUCCGUCGUUCCGUCAAGUGGCAUCAGAAGCAGCGCGUCGUUUGGGGGCAGUGGCGUUACGUGCCGCGUUUGCUGUCCUGGCUCGGUCCCUGCGAGUGGGCUGAUAGAGGAUUGGAAUUCAAAAAGAAUGAAGACUGGCCUCCCGAGAUUUUAGAUUUGCUUCAUAGAAUUAACCAAAUCACUCAGCAUGAAUUUAACUCUUGUUUUCUCAACUUGUAUCGAACGGGACAUGAUUCGCAUCCAUGGCAUGGCGAUAUCCAUCCAGCGUACGGGGCGAAUCCUCCAGUGGCUACGAUUUCCUUGGGCUCGUUACGAUUGUUUGAAAUGAAAAGGCGUGGAGUUCAACACAAUUUCAUCCGGUUUCCGUUAUUCCCUGGCAGUUUGCUCAUUAUGGAAGGAGCUUGUCAAAUAGACUGGUCUCAUCAAAUUCCAAAAGACCCCAAAGUUGAAGGAGAACGGAUAAGUUUAGUCUUUCGAGUCAUGCAUGCAAUCGAACCUAUCGAAAAACAUAAACCCGAUGACAAGCAAAACAAUGACGAACCAGAAGAAAUGGAUACUUCUGAAGAAAUAAAAGUUAUCGAACCUGCCGACAAAAGCGAUUCUACCACCAACGAUAAGUCAGACUCGCCAAAGAAGAAGGAAAAUAUUAGUAAAAGUCCCAAAAAAGACAAGAAAGAAGUCAUUGUUGAAAAGUCAAAGACAAAGAACGGUACAAAUUCUGAAAAGCUGAAGGAUGAUGUUCCUGCCCCAGAGAAGGAUAAGUCUCCAGAAGUCAUUGUCGUAGAAGACGACCCGCCUCAAGCUAAUGGUCAAAAGAAUAAGAUAAUUUUUCACAACCGUAAAUAAUAAGUGAUGGUAUGAUGAUAAACCCCCGUUAAUAAUUAAUUAAAUUGUAAUAUUUAUUAUAAAUUUCCUAUAAUCGAAGCAUGGUUGUAACGGUUUAUAUUGUUUUUCAAAAAAGCGAUUACAAUUAAGUAACGACUACAAUUAAUUAAAAUAAGAUUCUAAAUUUUUAAGUAA